AUGGAGUCGAAGAAGAACAAAUUGGUCAGACUUGAUGGAGUAAAACUGCCCAGUGCAACAGCUUUGAACGUGACAUUGAAAGAAAUACAAGUAAGUGGUUUUUUUUUUGAGUGUUUUAGCUAUGAGUUUAGGUUACUGGCGAAUGGAAGUGGGUAGAAGGAAGAGGAGAUACUUGUGGAAUAUGUCGUGCUGCUUUUGAAGGAUGCUGUGUGGACUGUAAGAUGCCUGGGGAUGAAUGUCCGAUUGUAAGUUUACUGUUUUUAUUAAGAAUAGUAAUUUCCUUACUUUUUUGUCUUAUGAGGCCUUUAAUAUGGAACUUGUUAUUCAUAGUCUUAAUGUUGUGAACAGUGUCGUAUCAUAGUUUUUUUGUUAAAUUUAUUAUGUUCAGUAUUUUUUAAGCAAAAUUUCCAGAUUCUCGGUGUCUGUUCCCACGCCUUCCACAUGCACUGUAUAAUAAAGUGGACCAACUCUCAAGUGGCACAUCAACGACCAGCUUGUCCACUGUGUCGUCAGGAAUGGCGGUAUAGUGUUUAG